UAUAUUAUGAUAAACUUCAGAUAAAGACAUGGGUUGCCCUCUAGAGGGAGGAUUUAAUGUUUUUAUACUUAGCUCUAUGCUCCUUUUUUAAACUUCUGCUAAAUAUUUAGGUCACUCUCCUGCAAAGGGAUUUGAAAGAAUCAACCUAUAGUUCUGGAUAGAGUCUUGUUUGCUUCAGUGGGACCCUGCUCAGGAGUAAGGGUUUGUGCUCGAGGAUCCUAUUGUAAAAUAGAAGCACAACCUACAAUGUAAAGUUCUUGUAAUAAAAUGUGCAUAUUGGAGACUUGUUCUGUUUAUACCAGAGGUUUUCAAAUUGUGAGUUGUGUUCCCCUAGAGGGAAACAGAGGACUGUUUGGCAGUGACACCAGGUGGGGCUUCCCCUCUCUCCUCAGUAGGCCACCUAGUCAGUGGGUCAGUCUCAACAGCUGCGCCGAUUUCCGCUCCCAGCACCCUCCGCACGCAGUGCUGGCUCCGCUCUCCUUCCCCCACUCUGAAAACCUGAGGGGGGGCAGAUGUUCAUCAUUUUGGAGGAUUUCAGCACAGAGAUUAUUGGAUUUUGCCAUAUCUGACCAGGAUGAAUUCAUCAUUGGUUGCUUAUGAUGAUUCAGAUUCUGACACUGAGACUGGAAAGGCUGAAAAUCUCAAUCUUUCUGGCAGAGAAACCAGACUUGCAAAUUAUGCUAUGAAUCCUAUUCAGUGUUUUGCACCCGGUGGAUUGGGCACAAAAUCUACAUACAAAAUGCAGACUGUUGAGAAUACUGCCAGCACUGGGACAAGCAUUAUUUGUGAAGGUGCUCCUGCAUAUAAGGUACAGGCUAAUAACAGGGAUUUGGCAACUGUUUAUCCUUGGAAAGAAUAUUCUAACCAGGUUGAAACGCUUUCUGGAAAUGGAAGCUUCUCUCAGAAGAGAGUACAUCGGGACAAGAUUGUUACCAUAAAGGGAAUUAGACCAUAUAUCCCUAAAAGACUUCGACAAGAAAAAACUUCUGAAGUGUAUGAAAAAAAAGAAUCUGAAGAACACAGAGAGAGUUGUGCAAUACCAGGAGAGCAAAUUUCCACAGAGGUUUCUGAAUUUAUUAAGCCAUAUUUAGGGUCUAAGUACAAAUCAACUGAAAUCCCAAGGAACUUGGUGUUUCAGAUGUCCAAACACAGUGGUCCAGUUAAUAAAGUCCAGUGGUGUCCUGUACAAGGAUGGAGCCAUAUGCUUCUUUCCACUUCCAUGGAUAAAACUUUCAAGAUAUGGAACGCUGUAGAUACAGGCUGUUGUUUAAAAACGUACUCCUGUCACAGUUGUGCUGUUCGAACUGCUGAGUGGUCUUUGUGCGGAAGAAGAAUUCUCAGUGGAGGCUUUGAUUCUAUGCUUCAUUUAACAGAUGUUGAAACAGGGACACAGGUAUUUAGCAGCAACAAUGAAUUUAGGAUCAGCACACUGAAGUUUCACCUUGCUGAGCCUAAUAUUUUUAUUUGUGGAGGAUUCAGCCCAGAAGUUAAAGCCUGGGAUAUAAGGAAUUGUAAGGUGAUAAAAGUCUACAAAGCAGCAGUACAACAGACCUUGGACGUCCUCUUCCUUCCUGAAGGAAAAGAAUUUCUUACAAGCACGGAUGCAGUAAGCCGGGACUCAGCUGACCGUACGAUCAUUGCAUGGGAUUUCCACAGUGCUGCAAAAAUUUCCAAUCAGAUUUUUCAUGAGCGUUAUACCUGUCCGAGUCUGACUCUGCACCCUAGAGAACCUGCAUUUGUUGCUCAAACAAAUGGAAACUACAUGGCAUUGUUUUCUAUCCAACGACCAUACAGAAUCAACAAAAAGAAAAGAUAUGAAGGGCAUAAGGUGGAAGGAUUUGCAGUGGGCUGUGAAUUUUCUCCAGAUGGAACACUUCUAGUGACAGGAAGUUCAGAGGGCAAAAUAUUUUUCUAUAACUAUCACACUGCUAGAAUUAUUCACACUUUGUCUGCACAUAACCAGGCUUGUGUGAGUGCAACUUUUCAUCCAGUCCUUCCGUCAGUUCUUGCAACAUGUGGCUGGGCUGGAGAUAUCAAGAUCUGGCAAUAAUAAAACAGGGUUCCCUUUCAGAGUGAAUCCAGCUAGUCCACAUUAAAGACACGGGUGCUGGUUUUUCAUCAUAAUAAACCAGUGUAUGCAAUUUGAAUUUUUCUUAUGAAUGAGGGAGUCUGUUGUCAUUUUGUAUCUUCCAUCCAAGCCUUCUAAGAGUAGGACUUUCAAAAGUCUUUGGAGCUGGUUUAAGUCUGGAAGUCAAUGAGAGUUAGGCUAAUACUGUGUGUUUUUGAAAAUAUCAUCUAAGCUUUAAGCCUAAAUUUGUUUUUUUAUCAGUUGAUGCCAAAUGGGGUAAAAAGGAGGCUUAGUGGUAAAUAUUAAAUUAUACCAAAAAUUAAAAAAAGACUGCAGCUUGCUGCUCUUAGUUAUCUUAACAUUAAGAUCAGUGUUCAGGUUAAUAUAAUAAUAUUUUACAUUUAUAACAUCAUUUUUCAAGCCAAAAGAUCUCUACUUCCAUGCAGUUCAGGAUCACCAUGCGGGAGAAAUCUUCUCCUAAAGUGCAAAGGAAAAGGAUCUCCUUUUCUACAGACCUCUGUUUAAUUAUUUAAGAUCCAUAUCACCAAUUAUAUGGUGGCUCUUCUUCAACUGGUAUAAAUUGUCAUAGCACCAUUGAAGCCAAUAGAGCUAUAGCAAUUUAGACCAGCUAAAGAUCUCCCCCAAAUAUUUUUACAUAGUCAAUUAUGUGUAUGAGAGAGAUAGAAAAAAUUCAUCUUGUGCCUUUUAAUGUCAACUUUAACUCUGACUCACAAGAUAUACUAACUCUUUAAACAUAUACAUAGAUUAUUUAGAAGUUGUCUUUAUAUUGUAAUGAUUAUGUUGAGAAGAUAAAUAUGUCUUAUGUGUCAGAGUUAAGACUGCUACCAGAAUGUGUGAGAUGAAUUUUCACAUAUCAGUAUUCUGAUUAAUUGAUUUUAAUGAACUACAGUGUUACAGAAUAUUUAUGUCCAUUUUAACUGAAUAUUUCCACAUUUUUAACUAGUCUUUUUUGUGACAAAGCUGUAGUUUGCAGACGCGUUAUUCUAUGAUCUAACUCUAAAUUAAGGAAGCAUUUUGUUUGAGACUAUCAACUAGAAGAAAAGAGAGCAUGUGCCACAGAAAUGAAAGGGGGGAAUCCCUUUUCUAAUGAGACAAAGACCUGAAUUUCAAACAUGUGGUGGUCAGAACUGUAGGAUAGUUAAGCCUCAUAUCCACAUUUUGCUAUUGAGUAACUAGAAAAAAGAAAGUAAAAAGAGAUGGGAAGGGGAGCAUCCAGUCACUUUUUGCUUCUAAUUUGUUUGCUGCCAUCAUUGGCAUAUCAAAGCUAGUUCUUUCCCUAUUAAUUCCAUUAUAGUAUUUCAGUCUAUGAAAAAGAACUUUAUUCAGAUACUGGUAAUAUUGCAGCUCCAUAUUAACCCAUGUAUAUUGCUAUAUCAUAGAAUCAUAGAAAUGUAGGGCUGGAACGGACCUUGAGAGGUCACCUUGUCCAGCCCCCUUUGCGCUGAGGCAGGACCAAGAAAACCUCAACCAUUCCUGACAGAUGUUUGUCUAAGAUGAUUUUAAAAACCUCCAAUGACAGGUAUUCCACAACUUCCCUUGAAACCUAUUCUAGUGCUUAACUACCCUGAUAGUUAGUUAGAAAGCUUUUUCUAAUAUCUAAGCUAAAUCUCCCUUGCUGCAGCUUAAGACCAUUAUUUCUCUUUUCUUCAGUGGAUGUGGAGAGCAACUGAUCAAUCCCCCUUAUAACAGCCCUUAACGAUUUUGAAGACUAUUAUCAGGUCCCCCCUAGUUCUCUUUUCUCAAGACUAAACAUGCCCAGUUUUUUUUAACCUUUCGUCAUAGGUCAGGUUUUCUAAACCUUCUAUCAUUUUUGUUGCUCUCCUCUGGACUCUCUCCAAUUUGUCCACAUCUUUUUCUUUAGGGCACUGACUCCGUGGGGGCUUCAGGGCUGGAGCACCCCCGGGGAAAAAAUGGUGGGUGCUGAGCACACACUGGCAGCCCCCCUAUCAGCUAUCUCCCACCCCACCCCCCAGCACCUUCAGCCCCCUGGGCCCCAUGGAUCAGCAUCUCCCCCUCCCUCUCUGCACCUCCCACCUACCGCAAUCAGCUGUUUCGUAGCAUUCAGGAGGCUGGGAGGAGUGAGGAUGCGACGCAUUUGGGGGAGGGGGGUGGAACUGGAUGGGAAAAGGUGGGUUGGGGUGAAGCAGGGGCGGGAAGAGGUGGGACAUUGGGGGAAGGGGUGGAGUGGGGGUAGAUAGCAAAUGUGAAAAAUUGGGAUGGGGGUGGGGGGUAAUAGGAGCCCACAUAAGAAAAAACCCCAAAUAUCGGGACUGUCCUGAUAAAAUCGGGACAUCUUGUCACCCUAUGUGGGUGCGGGGCCUGGGUUGGAGCUGGGGGUUGAGGCCACUCCCCCCCCCCCCCCCCCGGCACUUUGAAAAGUCGGUGCUUGUGAUGGUGGCCAAAACUGGAGAUGUAUAUCUAUUUAUGUAUGUACAUAUGAUAUAUGUUUGUAACUUACCUGGGUCUAAAAAAAGUAAAUAUAUAAUUAGUGUAUAUAUAUUCAUGUAUUUAAAUGCCCUGACGCAAAAUAAGACUUACUGUAUGAUAUGUAUUCAUUCAAAUAGCAAAUCAUCUACUUCCAAAGUGAAGCUAAAUAAAAGGAAAACCCAACCACAGUCUCUGAACUGGUAAAUAGAGAGCUGCACAGAUAUAAAAUUUAGAUCCACAUCCAUCUGUAAUCCACAAACAUGGUCCAAGGAUAGCCGCGGAUGUGGAUAUCUGCAGAUAUAAAGCAGAUAUCUGCAGGUUUGCAGGGCUCUACUGAUGAAAUAUUAUAUUAUGAAAAAAAAUUAAAAACCACCACCCUCUUGUUGAGCUCUCUUGGAAUCAAGGUGAGCUGAAAUGCUUUUUAAAUACAUAUAAAAUCUGAUUCAUUAAGCACCAAGUCCUCCUUAUCUUUACUCAUGCAGGUAGUGCUUUGGGAGUCAAUGGGACGACUCACUUGAGUCAGACAAGUAAGAUUUAGCCAUCAGAAAAUAUGUGGUUAGAAUUAAGAAUUACAAAUAAAUACUUUUAUUAUAAAAUGUAAUUAUUUAAAAAUAAUGUAUCCUUUUAUUUUUCCAUCUUGGAUUGAGUGCAGGGUUCUGUGUUUCAAAUGCAAGAGUUGAUGUCAUCACUAUCACCUAUAGUAUGCACAGCUUUAUUCAUGUGUCUUUGCCUGAGACAUUUGUAAUAGGCCCAUCACAACUGAUGGAGUUAAGGCUGGCACCAACUUUUGCAGUCAAGGCCGUGGUUUACUUUUAAAACGCAUUAAUUUAUAAUGGUAGUCUUGUGCCUAUAUUUUCUUGAGCCUAGUCCUCCAAAAUGAUCCGGGCCUGUGCAGAGUCCCACUAAUUUCAGAAGGAUUCCACAUGUGCUUUGCAAGAUCAGGACUGUAGGGCCUUAACCUGCACCACAGAAGUCAAUAGGAUUUUAUGUCCAAAACAGUUGAUAGUAUUCAGUUUUAUAGAGCAUUUCAGUACCAUCUUUAAGGUUUGUUUCGGCUGUUGGUCUUGAGAGUCUGUUUAUUCAUGUUUGUGUUGUAUAUUUACAAAUAGAGUGUUAAGGUGCCCAGAGCAAUUUAAUACUCUUCUUUGGAUUGGUAAUUUGAAU